AUGCCGCCUUCAAAGUGGGAUGAGGAGGAGGAGGAGGAGACCUUUGCGCCUCCCGUCGCCCCUCGUCGCAGAUUCGACGACGAGGAAGAGGAGGAUGUGCUCGACUCGUGGGACGCGGCCGAGGACUCCGAGGUAGAGCGCGAGAAGGCGAAGAAGGCCGAAGAAGCUGAGGCUGCCGCCAAGGCCAAGGCUCUUGCUAACAAGAAGACUAAGGCUCAGCGGGUGGAGGAGCACCGUGAGCAGCGGAAGAAGAAUGCCGAUGAUGAAAGCGAUAUCGAGGACGAGACCGAGGCCGAGAAGCGUGAGCGCCUGCGCCGCCAGGAGAUCGACUCCGAUCUUGCCCACGCCAGUGACCUCUUCGGAGAGGUUGACAUGAAGCGCAACCGUGGUGCUCCUAAGGCCAUCGUCAUCAGCGAUAACGUUGAUCCCACCAAGUCUAUCGACCUGUCCGCCAUGCCCCUGUUCAAGCCUACCACCAAAGACCAGUUCACUCGUCUGUCCGAUGCCCUCAUUCCUCUGCUCACACCUCACUCCAAGAAGCCCCAGUACUCCAUCUGGGCGCAGGACUUCACUCGUCGCCUUGUGAAGGAGCUCCCCAGUUCAGAGAUCAAGAAGAUUGCCAGUGCCUUGACCACUGCCAGCAAUGAGAAGAUGCGCGAGGAGCGUGCUUCGGACAAGGGUAACAAGAAGACCAAGGCUGCCAAGACCAAGGUCUCUCUUGUUGCGCAGCGCGAUAGCCAGGUUGACAACAACCCCUACGACGACGAUGGCCUCGGUGACGAUGAUUUCAUGUAA